AUGGGAGACCCUACCAGCAGCAAUUCAACCAGCAGCCUACCUUAUGUGCCUCAUAUAUAUGUGAAACAGAUAUGCUCUGACGGCCAUGAAUUCAUUGUUAAGCGAGAACAUGUACUUGAGUUAGGAACAAUAAAGGCUAUGUUGAGUGGCCCAGGACAAUUUGCUGAAAAUGAAAUGAUUGAAGUAAAUUUUAGAGAGAUUCCUUCUCAUGUUCUAUCCAAAGUAUGCAUGUAUUUCACCUUCAAGGUUCGCUACACUAACAGCUCUACAGAGAUCCCAGAAUUUCCUAUUGCACCUGAAAAAGCACUGGAAUUGCUGAUGGUUGCAAACUUCUUACAUUGUUAA